AUGGGAGAUUUUGUUAGUGGUGAAGGUUUAAGUGAAGAAGAAGAAGUAGUUCAAAAUAUCACCGGUGAUCAUCCAAUUCUGUUUGAAGAAGUUGUUCAACAUGCAAAAUGGAGAGAAGCUAUGGACAGUGAAAUACAAUCAAUUGAAAAGAAUCAAACUUGGGAGCUAAUGGAUCUACCAGCUAGAGCAAAAAUAAUAGGAGUUAAAUGGGUUUACAAGACAAAAUUGAAUGAGUUGGGAGAAGUUGAUAAGUAUAAAGCAAUGUUAGUAGCUAAGGGAUAUUCACAACAACAUGGAAUUGAUUUGAUUUCUCUGAAGUAUUUGCUCAUGUUGCACGCAUGGACACGGGGCGACAAGUUAUGGCUCUGGCAACAUGUAAAGGGUGGAACAUCUUUCAACCAGAUGUCAAAUCUGCAUUCUUGCAUGAAAUGUUGA